CUUGACGCUGUGCAGCAACAGUUGGGAGUAACAACUUAUCGAUCCGUCCAAAAUGUCUCCGAUAAAGGACUUGCAAGUCGUGUAUGACGCUCUCAACGAGAAUGUAACAUUUUCUGCAGGAGACGUUGUCACUGGCACAGUCAGCUUUAAUCUGACAGAAGACGCAGAAGUGAAGGGGCUGAUCGUGAAAGUCAAAGGAGACGCGCAUGUGCGCUGGACAGAGGGCACAGGAGACAGGAGAAGGACCCACCAUGCGUACAGGAGAUACUUCAAAGUCAAGGAGUUCCUGACUGCAGAAACAGGAACUGCACUUCCCAGAGGAAUCCAUUGCUUUAAGUUCAGGCUUCAAAUCCCACAGGGCAACUUUCCGCCAUCCUUCAAGGGGCUUCAUGGACGAAUUGCCUACGUGCUUCAAGCAAAGAUGUCCAGGAGCUGGCGGUGGCCUGCCUCAGCACACAAAGAGCUCAAAUUUGUUUCAAAGUAUAGAUCUCAGAAGGUCAUGUGUCCCCAGACUGCUUCAGUGUCUAAAGAGAUCGGGCAUUUCUCUAAGGGGAAGAUUGAAAUGUCUGCUACCAUCAACAUGAAGGUUUGCUCCCCAGGUGACACCAUAGAUGUUUUUGCCAAAAUCCACAACUCCUCUUCCAAGAAAGUGAAGCCCAAAGUCAGUUUAAUGCAGCUUGUGGUGUACCGUGCAACGGGCAGCAGAACAACCAGUGGCCAGUGUCUUUGGAAAUACACUGGGGAUUCUCUGGAAAACAAAGAGGGUACUAUUUCCUGCCAAGUGAAGAUUCCUAAUGAUGCCCUGUGCACUCUCGCUAAUUGUGACAUCAUCUCGGUUACAUAUAUCCUCAAGGUGUAUGUGGACGUCAGUUUUUCCUUUGACCCAGAGGUGGUGUUUCCACUUGACAUCGUUCCCUCUAGCUGUGGUACCUUUCAGCCUAGUGUAGCUCCAGGGCCUUACCCUGCUGCUGCUGGGGGCCCAAGUUACAGCGACUUCCCUCCCCCUGCCUUCCCUGUUGGACCUUACCCUGGGCCUGCACCCAUAGGUCCAGGUGCUUAUGGAUACCCACCAGCAGGUCCCACUCAACCUGCAAACAUGACAAGCGGCUAUAAUAAUCCGUGGCAACCACAGGCUGUUCCAUACGGGUUUCCAGCUGCAGCUCCAUCUGCAGUCCAGCAUCCAGCCGCUACUGCUCCGCCUCUGUCUCAACAGGAAGAACAACCUCCACCUUACAUGUCGCUUUACCCCCCCAUUCAGCCCACUUUCAGUGGGACACGGCCAGAUCACAAAUACUGAACCUUUAAAAAGGAUCCAGAUAAUCUUAACCUAAAAAAUACAGACAGGUCAUGCUUUAUAUGUACUCUGUUCCGUUACAGAGAAAAAAAUCCUUGUCUUUGCCUUUUAUUUUGAUCACAGUUUAAUCUGUUUUUUGUUUUUUUUUUUAUAAAAUCGCUUGUGACAUCUCAAAUGUGGCUUUGACUUGCAAAAGAACAUGUAGCCCAUUUUGUAGAAAAUAUCGAGAUAUGUAUCUUGUGUUGCAAUUCAGCCUGAAAAUACCAAGACAUGAAUUUUUGUUCAUAUCACCGAGCCCUACUGUAGAACUACAAUGACCUGUCAGCAGUGGUGAAAGUAGAUUGCCAUAGUUGCUGGUACUGCUACCUCAGCCUUCAUCACUUCAUACUCUUGUCCUGUUGUUUUUUAAUGUCUGUAUGGCGCACAAAGAAAUAAGAAUAGCAGAUGAUUUACUUAAAUGUUGUAGGUGCCACAGAAUAAUUUGUGAAUGUUGGCAAAACUUUUCACGUCAAUUUGCUCUCCUUUAAAUUUGAGGAAAAGUACAACUGAAUUUAUCAACAAUAGUUGAACAGGUUACAGGUCUCUGUCUUUGGAUUUUCAGAACAUUGAGCACAUAAAUAAAGUUUUCUAAGAGAGAAAUCAUUAAAUAUUUGGGGAGAGUACACUUUAUUAGCAUAAUUUUAUUGAACAUGUUUUCCAAUGAAAAUUCCCCAAAAUUAUGCAAAAGCAUAUUUUUCCCAAACAUGUUGUAGUAUAGCCAACAGGGACCCAUUAAUGUGUGAAGGGAUUUUUAGGACUCUACACCUUAUAAGAGGAACAUUAUUGAGUAGUUGUUUUUUCUUUCGGUGUCACACUUUGUAGACAGUCCCUGCACAAUUGUCCCACAGCUGGUUGCACAUAGAGAGCAAUGUUAUUUAUCCAGCACGGACGAAAGCUCGUUUUGAUGGAAAUUGGAUUGUAGCUUGUCGUCUAGUUUACUGUGGGUGGAAGGAGGUAUUGUUUGUGUUUUAACAACAUUUGUUUAUGAUGUAUUGAUCUGGGAAGUUUUAAAUCUGUGAAUAUCUUUCCAACUAUACUGAAAUGGUGUGGUCAGGCAGCUGCAUGUUUUCUCUUGCUUCCUUACUUUUAAUACAAAUGUUUAUUCAUUUAUGGCAAUGCACUUUAACUGAAGUAGUUUUCUUCUCUAUGCAAGCUUUAAGUUGACCAAGAGGGAAGCCAACGCAUUAAAAAGACCAUCACAACUUGGUCUACUCCAUCUUAGAGUGGUAUGUUUUGUCUCCCCAGUGCAGUUCCCAAAGACCACAGGAGUAGUGAUGAAAAGAUUGGUUCUUUUAAGAAAUGCAAUUUGUGGCAUUCACUUGCACUAGCAAACCGACUCAGGAAGCUCUAGCUGGCUAGCUGGGAGAUGUGCUUGAGCUGCAAUUAUACUGCGUUCCACAAGCUCUCUCACCUCUUUUUGUCUAAUAAGUACAUGAAUUAACAACUCCGUUAAGUGCCACAACCUUAUAAACACCAGCAAAACAGCCGUCACGAAUGUGCCUUUCGGUCUUUUGGUCUGAAUCGGCUACCUGGCAAUAACAAUAUUUUACCAUCUCUGUUAUAUGGCGGUUGAUCUCGCCCUCUGUUUUCCCAAUUUAUUGACAUUUUCGGCCACUGUUCAUCUUCUUUGAGUUAGUCACUAACUGCUGCCUAGCAGUGCUGUUUAAAUCACGCACAGCUGGCAUAACACAUAAUCGAAACAUCACACCUGUUCUGCCCAUGGUCCUGUCUUGCCAGCAUUCCACAAGUGCCGUCCAUUUUACACAGACACCGAUUCGGCACUGGUACUACCCCAUUUUUGACUUAUGACUUAAGUCUGUCUACUGAUUCUGUUAACAUACCUUUUAUACAGAACAGCUAGGUGCCGUGUGGCAGUGUAAAAGCUACGAAAGAGUCAUUCAAAAAGAAGGAUUAAUAUAAGAAUCUAACAGCAGGAGAGUUUUUCCAAAGUUCUCCUGUACUUGAGCCAGUUUAGUCCAAAAUGGGUGUGACUACCUUUGUUCUUGACCGUUUUGUGUGUCCCUUGACCCGUACAUAUGUUAUUUUACAUAUUGUAUUAAUAUUGUUUUAUGUAUAUGCAAAUUUUUUUUAGGUAUUUCUUGCUUCCUUUUCAUUUUGGCUGCUGCUGGUAGUGCUAAUUAGGCCCACUGAAGAGCAUUGAGUGUCUGCCGUGUCAGAGUCCAUCUGUGUAGAGCCUGUGCUUUAUCUAACUACAUUCAGUGCGCCUCUGUGCUGUCAUUUCUCAUUUGUAAACUUGUUGUAUUGUAUAAUUCACAUUUAUUUUGUAAGUCUAGUCAGUAAGGUUUGUACUUGUAUUCAUAGCCUGUAGUCAUGGUAUGAGUUGUGGGUUAUAUAGCUUUAAACAACUUGAUUGAUAAUUGCUGCCUUUAGUGGGAUAAUUCAGUGUGGGCAUCUGGCACCAUUGUGGUACCACCUUGUGGCAGUGCUGUGUAGUAGUGACUUGUUAAAUGGUUUGUGUUGUGUUUUUCUUACUCUGUUUUUAUUCCUUCCUUUUUCAAAAAACAUAUACAUAAACUAAAAAGUUAUUCUUGUAUACUAUGUCAACCAACACUAAGUAAUAAAGUGUUUUAACUGGAA